AUGCCUUCCACCACCUUAUCGGAUCCAAAGAUCAUACUCUACACAAAUCAUGGAUGUGGUUGGUCCCAACGGGUGCAAAUUACCUUGAGGGAACUCGGGCUUGCAUACCAGGAAGUCCUUCUUGACCUUGAUAACCCUAGGCCGGAUUGGUUCCUGGAGUUGAAUCCGCGAGGCCUCGUCCCUGUUCUGCAAUACACAUCAACCUCGACACCCGAGAAGACACAUACAUUGACUGAAUCUUCUCUCAUCAUAACGUUCCUCACCUCUCUCCACCCAUCGCACCUGACACCACCUCCUGCUGCACCCUUGGAAGCCAUCCAUAAGCACUACCUCACAUCCUUCUUGACGGACACAUACUUCACCAAAGUCAACCCAAUGAUGUUCAAGCUCGUCGGCGCUGCCACCCCUGCCUCCAAGGAACAAAUCAUCGACUCGAUUCUCACCAACCUGAAAACGGAGAUCGAACCGUUCCUCAUCAAACAUCUGCCCAGCACAUACCUCACGGAUGGAACCACGAACCCACAAUCCGACUCUCACAAUCCACCAUACUUCCUCUCCUCACCCAAACUAACCCUCGCCGAAAUUCAUAUCAUCCCAUUCUCGAUGCGUCUCCUGGAAUUCAGCAACGGCAAAAUCCUCCCCAAGGCCCUCAGGGAGCGCAUCGAAGCCGAGACGCCUGUCUUCUAUGCGUGGUCGAACCGCAGUAUGGCGCAUCCAUACAUCUGGGAAUAUUGGGGCGACAGUGCUUACUGGAUCGCUCGUAUUGAGGAGCGCUUGCCUAGGGCACAGGCCAAGUAUGCUGAUGCGUAG